AAUUCGGAGCUCAGAAAGCAAAAAUUGGCUAGCACAAACAUUUAUUUCUAGUAUUAUUAUAAUUUAAGCCGUUAAGUCAAACAAUUGCACGGUUCAAAGAAACGUUAUAAUCCGAGUUUGUGGAGAACCACUACCAUUACGCUGUCAAGAUGAUGAACGAUGCUGCAGCUCUGGCAAAUAUGAUUCCCUACGACACAAUUGGACUCUACGAGCAGCCCAAGCCCCGAUUCAUUUUCAAGAUGCCCCGUGUGGUGCCUGACCAGAAAUCCAAGUUCGAGAGCGAUGAGUUAUUUCGCCGUUUGUCGCGGGAGGGUGAGAUUCGUUAUACGGGAUAUCGGGAACGAUCCAUUGAAGAGCGACAAGCGAGAUUCCUAAACGGCUGCCGCGAAGGCCACACAGAGACAAGCUUUGUGGCAUCGGGCACCAAUCUUCAGUUGGUGUUCAAUGCAAAUCAGAAUCCCUACCUGCACGACAAAGAGUGCGAUUUUGAAAAGGAGCAUGGCAAGGUGCAUAUCAAAUCGUACUUUAUUAUGAACGGUGUAUGUGUGCGUUUUCGUGGCUGGCUGGAUCUGGAAAGGUUAGACGGCGUGGGAUGUCUAGAGUACGACGAGCGUCGCGCCAUGCACGAGGAUGCCAUUCUUCGCGACCAGAUCGAUCGUUAUAAUCAGCGGCUUCGCGAAUUUGAGGAUACCAAGCGAGCCUAUCGUGACAAUCGCCAGGAUGAGAUGGAGGCCGUACGACGGGGUGUCGUUUCUGGCGGAAUCGGUGUAGGAGCCAGUAUGUGGCGACGUUAGUUAGACCUUUGGACGGCAACUGUGUCCUCCCAGUCGCCGCAGCAAGAGACUCAAUUUGCAAAUAAUACUCAAUAUUUUAUGAAAAACUAUAAUGCUCCGUCAAACACUCUAUAAUAUGGAUCUGCUUAGGUACAAUUAUUCUAAGAAUUGCUCUCGAAUACACCUAUGUACAUAUAUGUACGUCUGUAAGCUCUUAGUCUGUAGGAAUAGUUUGUACUUUUUGUCUAACGUAUAGUUUUAUUAUUAAUCCCAGUAAAUGUCAAAUAGCGAAUAGUAUUCUAUUAAUUACUUAUAUAUAUUAA